ACAGACAGAGGUAAAUAUAAGCAGACAGGACUGAGAGCCUUCCUGUUACGUGGAUGUGGGGGAGUGUACGAGUUAAACGAUGUAAACAAGAACGGGCAGACAGACAGAGAGAGAGAGAGAGAGAGAGGGAUAUAGAUAACGCUGGCGUCGUCACCUUAAAUCACAGCGUCUUUAUCCUACAUGAGAUCGUUUUUCAGUCUAGUCCUGCCUAAAGACGAUGAAUCACCCAGUCACUGUUAAAGUGAAUUUCCGCGGGAGCGUGAAGAAGUUCCCGGUGGUGGAGACAGAGAAGGCGCAGUGGGAGACGGUGGAGGCCUGGAUUAAAACGACUUUUGGAUUAUGCCAUUUUCAAGUGAAGUAUUUUGACGAGGACAACGAAGAGAUAUCCAUAAACAGUCAAGAUGAAUAUAUGGAGGCCUUAAAGAGUGCAUUCAAGCAAGCCAACCAGCUUCACAUGAAUGUCUAUAAGAUGAAGGGCCAGGCUGAAGGCGGGGCUGUUAAGGCAGAAGUUAAGGAAAUCAAAAUUGACCCCAGACCAGCGCCGCCAUAUCGGGCAAGAGUAAAAGUGGCUGACAAGGAGACACAGGUGACCCCCGAGCGGGACUCGGUGGUUGUGAAGGAAAACAAAGUGACCAAAGGUGAAGAGGAGGCUGUACCAGCAUGGUUCAAAUCUUACAUGGACAGAUUCAAAGAUCAGGUAGUGAGGGAGGUGGUGGACAGGAUGUGUACUGAGUUUUCUGGCCAGUGCUGCACACACAGAGCCUCUGACCAUCCCUCAGAAGAGCCAAGCACUUCCGGGGCGCAAAUGGCUACAGUUAGUUCUACAACACCAAGGACCUCGAACCCGACACCUAACUGCAGCAGCUGCAAGGGACCAGCCACUGGGGGAGGAUAUCACUGCAGUGUGUGUCCCUCUUGCAUCUUGUGCGAGCCAUGCAGUCACAAACAUGACCCCAGCCACAACUUGAAAAGAACAAGGACCCCCCUGUCUGUUCCAGAGCGUGGAGUAACUCCAGAGCCCAGGUUCUUAAGGCGUGGGGAUCGGACUGUGCGUAAGGCUGAGAGACAGCGUCUGAAAGCUGAGCGGAGGCAGCUGAAAGCUGAGGUGAAGGAGAUCAAGAAAAAGCUGCGGCUGGAGAAGAGAGGUCUGCUGUGGAGUGGAGCCACCAAUGGCACUAGCAGCACAGGUCUUGGCCCUGCUUCUGUUCCUGCUCCUGCCCCUGCUCCUGGUCCAGUUCCAGCUCCAGGCCCAGACCCUCAGGCCUCCAGUCCAGAGGGUCCCAAGGUCUCCUGCUCCACCUUGGUGCCCACAAUGACUGCCUUGUUUCUGGAUGAGAAUCUACCAGACGGCACAUGUCUGGAGCCUGGCACCAAGUUCAUCAAGUACUGGAAGAUGAGGAAUACUGGCAACAUCAGCUGGACCUCUGAGACUAAGCUGAAGUUCAUGUGGGGAAACCUAGCCCUGGAGUCGCGGGAGCAGAAGGAGGUGGCAGUGCCCUUCCUGAAGCCUGGAGAGGUUGGCGUGGUGAGUGUUGCAUUUGUGGCGCCGAUCCUGGAGGGCACCUACACCUCCCACUGGCGUCUGGCACACUGCGGAGUGCAGUUUGGCCCACGAGUGUGGUGCAGCAUUGUUGUGGUGCCCAGUUCAGGCCAGAAACCCAGUUCUCAUUGCAGCAAAUCACUGAUGACUAAACCCAAUCUGUUAGGAAUGGAAGGCAUGUGCUGGUCUGGCUCCAGAGACUGCGAGACUCAGGUGUCCUCCAGCUGUCAGAGAGAGUACUACAUUCCCUCUGUGGACCUGCUCACUGCACAGGAUCUGCUGUCCUUUGAGUUGCUGGAUAUUAAUAUUGUCCAAGAGUUGGAGAAAGUCCCAGCUAACACUCCAGUUGAUAUGACCCCAUGCAUGUCCCCAGUCCCUCAUUAUGGACCUGUGUUUGGAAAGCAUGGUAUGGGCCUAUUAAAAGAGGACAAUAAACACACAGGGCUGAAAAAACUCCAAGUGGUGCAGCCCCAGAGACAUGUGGAGAACACAGAUGCUCAGGCCCAUGAAGAGGGUGACGAUGACAUCAGCGGGACUCAGUUUGUAUGUGAAACUGUGAUUAGGUCCCUCACUCUAGAGGAAGAGCCUGAGCACAAACCUCGGCGACGGGCUCGAGCCAGCCACAGCAGACCUGAGGUUCAUGACCCUGCUCACUUUAAUGAGAGAUCUUUAAUGGAGAGGAUUGACAGACCUUUCUUGUCAGUCAUUAAGAGGCCAGAAGCUCCUCCCCCUAUCCAACCACCAGCUAUACUGGAAGAGCCUGUUACCCCAGUCUUUUCAGAUGUGCUGAUUGGUUCUAAUGAAAACCUUUACACUGAUCCUGCUGCACUGGAUGAAGAGGAAGGGAAAAAUGAGGACCAGAAUAAAGAAGAAGAAGCUGGGGAGUGGGAUGAAGUGAGCAGCCAGGCAUCCUCUGCCUCCUCUGAAGAAUACAUUGUCGUCUUGCCAGACUGCUUCGAUACCUCCAAACCUCUGGCAGAUUCCAUGUACAGCUCAGCCAUGUCUCAGCCUGGGACUGCCUGCACUGCAGAGCCUGAAGGAGCACUGGACCAAACCACUGCAGAAGGAGAGACUUCAGAACCAACAGCCUCCAUCCAAAGCAGUGUAAACAGACUGCUGUGCACCUCUCAAGUACUGAACACCCCUGCGCUCAUUCCUGAGGUUGUACCUGCACCUCUCUCUCUGUCACCACCCCCAACCCUCCGUACUCACAGGUCCAUAAAACCUUAUGAGACUGAGAGUAGACCACAGGGAUCUCAGGAGAACAGCUCAUGUCCACCUGAGGACAACUCAAAUGGGAUCACAACACAUAUUGAGGCCCCUGCCAGUGCGUUUGACACAUGCAGCUCUGAGGAUCCCAGACUGCAUCGUGGUGGCCUAACUGAAGGACUGGUGAAGGGGGCGCUCUCAGUGGCAGCAUCUGCUUACAAAGCUCUCUUCACGGGCCAGAGCGGCUCUACACAGCGACCCAGUGCAGACCCAGCAUGUGAAGAAGCCUCGAUGAUAGCUGUGCUACAGGAAAUGGGCUUCAGUGAUAAGCUGCUAAACCAGAGACUGCUAAAGAAGCAUCAGUACAACCUGCUGGAUGUGGUCAAUGAGCUGGUGCAGAUGACAGACAACGAGUGGUACACAGCAAGACACUGAAGAGCACCAUGACAGCCUUUUCCAUAACAAUAGUAACCUCGAUGACAUUGAUAUAGGAAGUUGUCUGUAAUAUAUUAAAGUUCACUCUCUUCGAACAUUAGAUGAAUGAUGUCAGGGGUUUGUGACGUAUUGUCGGCACAGUUUGGACUCUUUAAAAAGAGCACUGAUGCCACACUCAACAGACAGUAGGAUCAGCAGAGUGAUCACUCGAUUGUAUUAUUUUCUGUUAUGUUUUAGAACAUUAUCAAUGGGAAAGCUAAAUAAUGGGUUUAUUUGUCUGAUCUAUCUAUUUUUCUUCAAGCAUAGUAAUGUUCUAACACAGAAAAACUGUUUUAUUAGCACCUUUAAUGUGCUCCGCGAAGAUGAUAAGAUGCAAAGGCUAGAGAGAGAGAUCGCCAUGAGGGUAUUCAUUGGUUGGUAUGGCUGUUCACAUUUGAAAGUCUGAUGUAAGAUAUGUAAGAACACCUUCAGUAUGUCGAUUGCUCUUUGUCACCGUGACCUCUAUAAUCUUAUUCUGAAUCACAUUAAUUGCCGUAAUGUUCAACCAUGUGACACUAAGGUGUUGGUUUUUCUGAACCUAUAGGAAUGUGCAAUGACUUUUUGAAUCAUGCUUAAUAUAGCCAGUGAUUGGUCAAGGUUUUGCUAGGCACCAAUUGUUGGUUGUCCUCUAUGUACUAACAACGUGAUCAUGGAGCUAAUGGCUUAAGUGAACGUGGCUCUUGAUGUCCAGUACAACAAAUAAAACAUUCCAUAUAAAUA